UGUAAUUAUUUUGGCGUGCCUGCAAAGACAUGGCGCUUAUGAGUGACAUCACUCAUUCCUUAUUUUACACAAUAUUUCUAUUGUUUUCGUGAUAUUAGAGGAAAAACCCAAGCAUACAUGUCCACUAUAUUCUGAUGUAUCGUGAUUCGAAACAUGUAGAGUGCAUAUAUGCCAAGCAUAAGAAAGACACAAGCAGUCUUCAGAUGUUUUUAUAUUUUGGAUACGUGAUACAAGAACUAUUAAUGACAGCUUCUGCAUGCCUGGUUUACGGUAUAAAAUACUGUGCAUGCCAGACAUGUCAGAGAAGAAAUCACCUCCUAGAAAGGAGAAGUCUCAAUAUGUUAAGACGCCUCAAUCCGAUGGGAAGGGCAUGAAGAGGAAGCUGAUGGUCACUGAUGCUACUCCGGAAGACGAUGAGAAGAGAAUCACUUCAAAACGGAAGCGAGCAUUAUUAAUACCAGACAGUUCUCCUGAGCCUGGGAAUAUGCCCACCCCUCGAACUCCAGGAGGAAACAUAUCACGUAUUACGGUUCCACUUUCCGAGAGACAACAAAUGGCACUGCUCAUGAGAAUGACUGAUGGAGCAUCUCAAGGAGAAUCUUCACCCAAACCUUCAUCUCCGACCACCCCUGUAUCAUCAUCAAAGCGAACUCCCAUAGAUAAGAAAGUUAAUAAGCGUAAUGAUCGUGGUGAAACAGCUCUACAUACUGCUGCCAAACGGGGCGAUGUCAAGCAGACAAAGAGGCUCAUCAAAGCUGGGGCUAAUGUUAAUGUAAAGGAUUAUGCAGGGUGGACACCACUGCAUGAAGCAUGUAAUCAAGGUAUGCUUUCUGUUGCCAAGCAACUAUUGAAAGCAGGUGCGAAUGUUAACGUACAAGGUUUUGAUGAUGACACCCCCCUACAUGACGCAGCUGUAAACGGACAUCCAAAGCUUGUGGAACUGUUACUGAAGCACGGUGCCAACCCCCUCCAGGCCAACAACAAGGGUAAGACAGCCCUGGACGUGGCUGCAUCCGCCGAGAUAGAACAAGUCCUCCGAAAGGAGAUCAUCUCCUCAAGUAGCGAUAGCUCCAGUAUCGAUGAUGCCCGCUCACCUACCUCGCCAGAAAGUACCUCAUCUAACAAGGAUGAAGAUUCUCGCCCCGAGGAUAUUCAAGAUUUGGAGUUGCAUGGUGAUAUAGGUGCAAUAGGCUCCAGCAGCAGUACACGUAGAACUCUCAUACCAGCUCUACCAAAGUCUCCCGAGAAAACUGGCUCCCCGCGGCUGUGUCUUAAAUUUCAGCCAACAAAGCCACAGUAUAAAGGACUACCUAGGCACCAAUCCUAUAGUUUAACAGUGGUAACAAACGAUCAAAACAGUUCGCCACCAGGUAGUCCAGUGUCGAGUAUAGAUAGUGACUUGUAUGACCCACACUUAGAACCAACGUUAAUAAGGAAAGAAGCAGUUACAGACGAGACAGCAGCAGCGACAAGCUGGUUGAAAAUGGACGAGAACACAGAGAAAGGAGCUGGUGUAGAGGAGGAUAAUCGGUAUAAACUGAGGUCUCAGGAAACACAAGCUUUUUCCCCCCAUCGCGAUUUUGAGGAUAUAAGUGAUGGGGAGGAGGAAGAGGAAGAUCAGAUACAAAACACUGUAGGGAAAAAUAACCAAGUUGAAAAUAAUCAACACAUUCCACAAGAUUCUGGUGAUCCUGGUGAUUCCCGGUUGAGCUCAGACUCCACAUCCCAAAAUAUUCAGCCCCCAUCCUCGUCCUCGUCAGGAGUUGGAGGGGCCAACAACUUGUUCCCUUCUAGUUCUGUUAGUUCUGUUUCUUCGUCAGUUGACCGGACUCCUUCACAUGCCCAUCAUAACUCUCAACGGAGAGGUAGUUUGGGUUCCAACACAUUAAGUGAUUCUGUUGGAAUGCAUAAACCUCUGACUCGGUGGCAACUACAAUCUUCGCCAAAUCGAGACGAUGGUGAUGUGAGUGUUUCUCAGUCAAACAAAUUCAAAGUAUUGGAUGGUUCAGAAACUAAUUCUGCAAUGCGAGAAAAAGACAAUGUGUCGCCAAAAGUGGAUCAGGAGUCCUUACCUGGUUCACCCCGACCUCGAUUGGACAGUAGAGAGAGUCGACCUUUGUCCCCUAGAACACGGUCUGAGCAUGAUUCCAGACCUCUGUCUCCCAAGUCUAGGCAGGACCGACCUAAUUCUCCGAAAACAAGAUCGGAGAGUAGGGAAAGUCGACCAGUAUCCCCAAAGUUAAGGUCAGAUCGAGAAAGUCGGGAUAGUCGUCCGUCUUCUCCAAAAACAAGAUCUGAGUUAAGAGACAGUAAGGAGAGCAGGCCGUCAUCUCCGAAAACUAGGUCAGAAUUAAGAGACAGUAAAGAUGGCAGACCAAAUUCACCUCGACCAAAGUCAGAGAAAGGAAGUCGGUCAUCAUCUCCGAAAGUACCACCUUUGAAAAUUAUUAUCCCCCAAAAGACUGCCCCCUCCUCCUCCAUGGAUGAGAAUUGUUUGAAACUGCUGCUAACUAAGCCAGCCUUGCCUUACGUGUUGAACCCUACACAGGAGAAAGAGGCUGAGGCUGUCCUUACAGAGAUGUGUCAACCAUCACACAACACAUCCCGUGCUUCUAGUCCCGCAUCCUCUCGGCCGUCCUCUCGAGCAAGUGCUGCCCCAUCAGAGGAGGGCAAACGAGAAAAAUUAUUUCGGGAGGCAGCCCCAAAGCCUCAAAUAGACGAUACUGUUAAAGAGGAUUCGAGAGACGGCAAAGAUUCAAAGGAGGAGAAAUAUGAAGUGAAAGAAGAGGUUGAGAAAGAAGAAGCGAAAGAGGAGAAGGAAGAACGCCGAAUAACGAGGACGUUGCGCUCACACACUGCCAUGCUGCAGCAACAACAACAGCAACAACAACAACAGAAGCAGGAUAAAACAGAAAAGGGCGACAAACAAGAGAAAAAUGGCGGCCCAGAACCUGUUCCCACUAACAAUUCUCAACACGACAAUGGCAGCUCUAUCCGGUCACAAAGAGGCGAGGAAAUAGACUAUAUGAAUAUACAUCCUCGUAAACGGAAAUUACGGCCAAAGCCAGACACUCAACAACUAGGUGAAGCUCAACUGUCUGCGCCCAUCCCUAUCCCACCACCAGCAACAUCCUACGAGAAACCACCAAACCCAUUUGAGCUGUACUUGAACAUCAGGAAACAGAUUGCCAGCAAGCAGCAGUCACUAAGUGCAGUACAUCCAAAGGCUCCCAGUGGCUUCAAGGACUACCUCAUGGUCAACUGUACCUAUGUCCUACAAGGCAAUGCUACCAGUACUCUCUCUGUGCCAAUGUUGUCUCCCCCUCAGUCUGUGGAGGGACCCAUGCGGGAACUGUUCCAGGAGCAGGAGAAGGCUCGGUACAACCUCCGACUGCAGCACCUCAUCGAGAGGGAAAAGCUGAUGCUGUCUAUAGAGCAGGAGAUUCUGAGGGAGCAUGGGAGGGCAGCCAGGGCAUUAGCCAAUCAGAGUCUGCCUCUCUCAGUGUGUACCAUUCUCAAGGAUGAAGAAAUCUACAACAUGCAGGAGUUGGAACAGGCCGAAGAUAAGCACGUGAGGUCCAGGUACAAUGGCAGGCAGUUUAUUUCCUGGAUUCAAGAUGUCGGGGACAAGUAUGACAAGAUAAAGGAGUUCCUGUUAAUGAGACACCACCACGAAGCGGAGUCUUUGUUUGCUGUUCAGAAGAUGGACUGGGAAUGGCGCUUGAAGGCGUGUGGACUAUGUGAUUACAAUACAACACCUGUUAUAGACGAUUUGCACGUACCCAUGGUGCAUGUAAACGAUGAAUUUGAGUUACUACCAACGUAGAAUCCACAGUGGGGAGCAAUCAUAAUUGCUUGCAUGAAAGAAAAGGCUAACCAGCAGUGAAGACUGCUCUCUUCAGCUCAAAGUGAAGGAACGCAUGUUUUCAUCAUGGAACGAUGUUCUGCUACAGUCACAGUUGACGUAGGAAAUGGUUUAAUGCUCUAAGCAGAAGAUUCUACCUUGCUGAAUUCUGAUUGGUCAGUAUUUGGGCUCUGCAAGUCGUGCUGAAUUUUCACUGAGUGACAGAUCUUUACAGCUUUGCUAGGAUGGCCACAAGGAGGGAACGGCAAUCAUUUUCCGAUGAUUUGACAAGCAUCAAGCCUGAUAGGAUAACCAUAGCAUCGCUCUGAGAUAUGCCAUCACAAUAUGCCGCUGUUGAAGCUUGCUGAAAUCAGUAGAUGUGCUGCAUCUGUGCCCAGUCGUUCCUGGACAUGGGGCUCGGAGAGGAUUAGUGCUAUUUGAGAAGGGGAAAGUGCCUUGGGUGGAUGUAACGAAGGUGCUGAUUGGAUCAGUUUCCCUUGGGUCAGUGUAACAGAAAUGCUGAUUGGAUCAGAUUCCCUUGGGUCAGUGAAACAGAAAUGCUGAUUGUAUCAGUUUCCCCUAAACUGAUUGGUGUUGAUAUUCUGUGCUUGUCAAGAAUGUGGUCCUUCAUCCCAGAGAAAGGGCAUAUUGUGUAGCUAUACGAAAACAGGAAUUUCACUUCUGUGUUUUGAAAUGUUUCAAGUCAUCACAUGGUUCUUUUGGAUAAACUAUUUUCAAAUUGGUUCUAUUUCAGCAAUCUUAAAAUAGACUUCCAUUAAGCUAUCCUGCACAAUAUUAUGGCUGUAAAGAACUCCUUGAAGGAUGGCUGAAAGAUCUUACAACAUCAGAGACAGCACCUGUCUUGUUCAGUGUAACUUGUUGUCUAGUAUUACCGAAAUAAUCUGAUGACCUGAUUGUGCUGUUACAACUGACACCAAUGAUCAACUCUCACUGUAACAACGUCACAGCGAAACGUAGCUGGAUGGUACCACCCAUGAGAGGAGACUAAAUAGGACUUGAAUUACCUCACACAACAUAUCUCUCAUGUUAUAGACACCCAUUGAUCGCCAUUAUGAAAUAGCAUCGCUGACUAGCAUGCUAGAACUCAGAUAUACAUAUAUACAUAAGUAUACAUAGGUAUGUAACAUGGGGUAUGUAUCGUAUUGCCAAGUCUCAUUGGGACCUACUGAUAUGGUUUCCUAUGGGAUUGCUCGUGUCCAAUGACGAAGCAGUAUAUACUUACCCACGUGUAUUUCAAGUUGUACAUAUGUUUUGCCUAUAGUGUGAGCAACGUGGUGUAAAAUUGUACAUAUGAAAAAUAUUAGGUAUUUUAUGAUGUUGGACAUUGAUUCACUUGUCAUGAGUGAACUGCGGGAAGCAGUCCCAACAAUCACUUCGAAGCUUCGUCUUUCUGGAUAUUGUAUCUCUGUGUCCGAGCACAGCUUACAGUCCUUAUACAAAAGUCAUACAGAUAUUUUUGACGGGUAGGAUUUUGGGGGGACGUGUAGGCUUUAUCUCAGCAUUCUGAAUCAAACAUUUUUUUUAGAAUAUUGGUUGUUGUUUUCAUAGUGAGUGUAUGAAUUCAAACUUACAAUUUGAGAUUUUCGAAAUUUCAAACUAAUUCCUAUUUGUCAUGAGGUGUUACGGUAUAGAAUCCUAUACCUGUUCUAGGUUCUCAGCCAAGUACUGCAUUGUUUCAGUAUUGUUUGAAAGUGCUAGGAUUGUCAUUCUUUGGGCUACUUCAUCUCUCAGUUCUGUUCGCCUUCAUCUCUCUUUCAACUGUGUUCUCUGUACUAGCAUCACAGAUACAACAUACGCCUAUACCGUAACUCGCCAUUCAUAAAUAUUUUCAAAAAGAUCAAUCCAGAUAAGUCCAGAUUUUGAGAACGGUAAACUGGAUAUCACUACUCAAAAAAACUGCAGAAUUUCCAGAGUGUGAUGUUCAUAGGAGCAGUGUGUCCCAGGUGUCCCAGUCAUCUGAGGUGUAUACCUUGAGCAGGCCAUAAACCUAUGCUCAUGGUUCGAAUCCCUGUUUGCACCAAAGUGGUUAACGUCUGUGACCUGCAUCACUUUGGGAUGACACCAUGAUGUGACAAGAAUACUGUUAACAGCACUCUUAAACCCAACUCACUCACUCUCAGGAACAGUUAUGUUAUACUAAGCCUAUGUUUUGCUCAUUAUACUGUAGAUGCCUAUUUUGCAACAUCUGAAGUUGGGUUUGCUAAAGUAACUACCAUCCACGAGACUAAGGGAGAUUAUUGCUUGCUUCUGUUGUCUUUAAGCUUUAUAUAGACACAAUAAAUACUGCACAGGUUUGGUAAGUCAAUACUUUUAGUAUUAUCAACAUAUUUGGUUUGUGCAGAAUUUGGUAUCCUGGAACAUUUUGAAAACACUUAUGGAUCUUGCAUCUUGAUAAGUAACAGGGCAGUGGGGGGUAGCCCAGUGGUUUAAGCGUUUGCUUGUCACGCCGAAGACCUGGGGUCGAUACCCCACAUGGAUACAAAGUGUUAAGCCCAUUUCUGGUGCCCCCAGCCGUGAAAUUGCUGGAAUAAAGCGGCAUAAAACUAAACUCACUCAUUGAUAAGUUACAAGUGACUUGAAGCUUAUGAUCAGAUAUGACAACAGGAAUGAGGAUACAAACAUGUUUCAGGCCUCUCUACUGUGUUUUUAGUCAGUUCACUGAAAACUAUUUCCCGAUUUCCACUGUGUCAGUAUAUAUUUAAAUAUACUUCGAAUUUACAUUGACUUGCUCAAAGUAAAUAUAUGGUGAUGUGUCACAGAUAGUCAUCAAGAAAUGUGGUCAUUAUUGGGAUUGAACUUUGUGGCAGAUAUUCUGAACAUAUGUGAACAUAACGAAAGUAUUGCUCCAAGGUUCUCAGUUCGUAAAUUCACAUUUAGGGCUGAGUUACUGUUUUCUUAAUUUCAAACUAUAUCUUUAUCAGAAUAUGUGUUGAAAGAAUUGCCCUUAUCCACAGUAUCUGUAGAAAUUAUGCCAAUUCUUCCAACAUAGAAAUAAGCAUAAACAUUUCAAAUUGAAGUAAAUAAUUAUACGGUAACCUUGAUGAAAAGUUUGUUCUGGAGUCUGAUGCAAUACACUUUAUAUCUAUGGUGUGGAGAACUUAAAUAUUAUUAUGACUUCUUAUUCAUUUUUGUAACCGAUUCAAACUAGUUAAAAUUAAAGAUAACUUUCGAUCUAUUUUAGACAUGUGAUGCCAAUACAGAAAACAUGCUUCCAGUCUUCAUAUUGUCUGUCUGUCAGUCAGUCUGUCUGCCUGUCCAUCCGUCAGUCUUGCUCUCUCUUUCUCCUUCUCUUGGUACCAGUAUAGCUUUGAUCAGCCCGGACUAGCUCGUAGUAUUUGUUCCAUUACUAGGCCAUAAUAAAUUACUACCAAUCAUCCACACACACCUGUUGAAACUCGUUUGAAUAUUUGCUGUGAUGUUUCACCAGUGGUCUUGCUUUAAGCUUCCCGAGCUUGCUUUAUGAAUGAUAGGUCUAACCUCGUAACUAGACUCUGAUUCCGUGCUGGAGCAAUACAAAAGAGUUACGAAUGGCUUUUAAUGAUUAGUAAAAGAAACAUCUUUAGGGGGUAUUUUAUGAGUUUUGUUUGGAGCUAUUAGUAUUGGUUUUUGAUUUGUUGAAAGAAUACAAUUCCAUCUUUGCUCCCUCCGUUCCUGCUAUCUGUUGUUCGGAUGAAACAGUAUUUAUUAUGGCCGGAUUAUCACUCUCAGUUUUGAGUUGUAAAGCCAUUGUCAUUUGUAAGUGUAGAUUAUGAAUGUGUUAUUGGUUAUUUGUUGAGUUCUGGAUGUUUACUGUCCGUUGUUAGCAUGGUUAGUACGAUGUCCGUGGCUUGCUUGAAUCCAUCUUGGUACAUACAUGGAAAUUGUCAAACAUUGCCUAUGCCCGUGUUCAAAUAAAUGUGUAAGUAAAUGAA